UCCUCCAUGGUCUCUGCUUCAGUCUCUGCCUCAGGUUCCUACCUUUAAAUCCUUUCCUGACUUCCCUUCACGACAGACUGUAACCUAUAAGGACAUUGCUUUCUUCAAUCAAUCAACAUGAAUCCAGUGGCAGACACAGCCAUCUUUUUUGGAAAGUUUCUAUAUUACUUUUUAGAAUCUUUAGUUUUCAAGGUAAUUCCUAAAAGGAAAAAGGAUGUUUCUGGAGAGAUUGUACUGAUAACAGGAGCUGGAAGUGGACUUGGAAGGCUACUGGCCAUGCAUUUUGCCGGCCACGGGGCCACUUUAGUUCUCUGGGACAUUAGUCAAGAAGGCAAUAUGGAAACCUGUAGACUGGUCAAAGAAAAGGGUGAUGUGAAAGUCUUUGCCUAUAAGUGUGACUGCAGCAGCAGGACAGAGGUCUACAGAGUGGCUGACCAGGUUAGAGAAGAAGUCGGUGAUGUCACGAUUCUCGUUAAUAACGCAGGUAUUGUGACAGGAAAGCCAUUCCUCGAUACUCCGGAUCACUUGGUGGAAAAAUCAUUUUUUGUCAAUGCCAUCUCUCACUUCUGGACGUGUAAGGCCUUCCUUCCUGCCAUGAUUAAAGCUAACCAUGGUCACCUGGUCUGUAUUUCAAGCAUAGCAGGACUCGUUGGUACUAAUGGACUAUCAGAUUAUUCUUCAAGCAAAUUUGCAGCAUUUGGGUUUGCUGAGUCUCUCUUCCUUGAAUUAACUAUGGUAAUGAAAACUAAAAUUAAAAGCACCAUUGUUUGCCCCUAUUUCAUCAAAACUGGAAUGUUUGAAGGCUGUACAACCAAGUAUCCACUUCUCUUACCUCUCCUGGAGCAGGAGUACGUGGCUCAAAAGAUUUUCAAUGCUAUUUUAGAGGAACAAAUUUACCUCCUCAUUCCCAAGUUUGCAUAUCUUGCAUUGUUUCUCAAACAGAUAAUAUCUCCAAAAAUGAUGAUUGCCCUGGGUGAGUACCUUGGAAUGGACACGUGCAUGACUUCGUUCACAGGAAGAACCAAAGCAGAGGAGCUGCAGAUGGAAACAGAAAGGAAAGAGAAAUAGCUCUGACCUCAACCAUGAUAAUCACAUAUAGAGAUGAGACAGUACACUUUUGGGAAUCCCUCUAGUGGUUGCAGCAUGCCAAUGUACCCGGAGCCAUCCACACUUUAGGAAGUAUGCAGCUUGUCUUCUCAGGAGGCAGCUUGCACAUGGCUCUUUCUCUUUAUCUCCUCUCUCUCCUUGUUUUUUUUUCUCUCUCUCUCUCAAAAAUGUUCUCAAUAUUCUGUCUAGACUGGCCUUUCAUAAUCCUCCUGCCUCAGCCUUUGAGAACUGGACUUGUAGACAUUUAUCACCUUUCUCAGGCACACUAAUAUUUUUCUAAACAUUUAUAUUAUCUAUCUAGAUUCCCAUAUAAUUCUUCAGCUUGGUAAAUAAAAAUGUUGCAAUCUUUUCAGUGAACUCUAAAAAGACUAUAAGGAUCCUGUGAUAGGUCCUAAGAUCUAUAGGAUCGUACCAAUCCUAUAGAAUCAUAUCGAUCCUAUAGUUAUAAAACAUUAAUGCAAAUUGGCCCAAAUCUCAUUUAAAAUAGAAUAUAAGACACUUUCAAAAAAAGGUAAUUAUAAGUAAUGAGCUUGUAAAUCAGUGCUGUGGACUGGUAAUUUUUAGUUAAAAAUAUUUACUUCACAAAAUGAAGGCUAAUUUGUGUUGCCUAUUAACUCCUACUAGGUUUAAAUGAUCAUAAGAAGACUGUUAGUGUAACUAAAACUGAUCAUGCUUAUUGGAUUAAAGAAAUCUGUAACUUAC